AUGAAACGAAAAUUGGAUCCAAGUGCUACGCCGGUGGAACAGUUUCAGGCCUUGCGACAAAUCCGGGGCUUGUCCCACGAGGACUGCCGUAGAGUCAUCACCUUGCUUCGCGACGAUGAGCAAGGAGCGGCUACGUGCCGAAAGCAGCAUUUGAAAUAUCCGCAGGCAAACAAACUUCUACGCGAAGUGAAGCUGCCCGAUUCCAAUCUAGCGAUACAUCUGAACACGGUUCCCGACUUGAUUCAAGAAAAGGUCGACAGAUGUGGCCUAUUUGCCUAUAUGAUGCUGCAGGCUUUGAAACAGCGUAGCAAUGCCCUAAGUCUACUGCUCUUUGCAGAUGAGGCAAAUCCAGGAAACAUCUUGGCAGCUCGGCAUCCGCGGAAAAGUAACCUAUAUUACUUUACCUUCUGGGAAUUUCCCCUUCUCCAUGUGGAAGGUUUGUGGCUGCCUCUCUCUGUGGUGAGAUCGAACGAGGUCGCGGAUGCGAAGUCCUCCUACGCGGAGGUGACAAGAGCUAUUUUGGAAAAUGUGUUUGAAGAAGUGGAGAACGGCUUCGCCUUGUCCAUUGGCGGUGAAGCUGAGAUGGGGUUCAUACGGCAUCUUAUUCUGUUGAAUGAUCAUGAAGGCUUGAGAUCCGUGAGUGGAAGUAAGGGCGCCUCAGGGGCAAAACCCUGCUUUGCUUGUUGCAACGUGUUGGCCAAUGGCAGAGCCUGCCCACCUGGCUUUGUCACCAUCCAAGAGAUGGACUCUACCCGGUUUGUACGACACACUGAUGCAGAACUUGGCCUCUGGUUUGGUCGCUUCCUUGCCGCCGGCUUCAAUUUGCAACUCUUGCGAAACUGGAUCGCAAUUGGAUGGAAAACGACCAAAGACUCUUUGCUGACGCCUUCCGCCUGCUGCACAGAACAUCUCUUUCGAGAAGACUGUGACUAUCGUGGGGAUGCCUCGGCUUGUGCAACAGCUAUGCCAUUGGUGUGGGCCUUUUCGCAAGAAAUUUUGCGCGAAAAUGCUUCCAUGCAAACAGCAAUCGAUUCUUUAGAUGCUUUGUACGCGGUGCUGACUUGUUUGUACAGGAUGAAAUUGAAUCCGGUACGUGGAGCGGCUCUGACAAGUCUGCAACGGGCGCACAUGGUGGCCUUUCAACGUGCGUACGACGCUGUGUUGACAAGGCCCAAGGCGCAUUACGCCCUGCAUGUUUGGAGCCAAGUGCUUCGCUGGGGCCGUCACGCAGAUUGCUACGUCGGAGAAAGAAAACAUCGCAUCUUCAAAAGCCAAGUUGCCCCAAAGAUGACCAACCUGAAGACAUUCUCAACAAGUUGCCUUUUGCAACUCACAGAGAUGGAACUGUUGGAUGCGGAUGCUGCAGAGUCGUUCACGGGACGACUCAUAGGGAAGCCACGUGCUCAGCCAAGCUGCGCCAAACUCGUUGGCCUGCCAAGUGACACGAAGUUUGCCUACGGGCUGGAAUAUCAAUGUGUCAAAUAUGAAAAGGGAACGUACGUACUCCUAUCCAAAGACUGCGCUGUGCAAAUCCGAGGUGGUGUGUCCACCUCGCAAGAACUGUUCUUGCUUGUGACCUGUCUAUCCAAAGCCACAAAUUCAAUUGCCAAAAUUCCUACGUGGAAAAAGGAAAAUUCGAAAUUGGCACUGCUGCCGCUGAAAGGGUUGCUUGGCCAUGAGCCAAUGCACCUGCUUCGUGAAGGCACCACGGGCCUUUGGCUGCUUCGAUGA